CCUCUGUCGCAGCCUCCGUCGACUCCUACGCCGGUGCCUUCUCCUAUUCUGGUACCUUCUCCUACUCCGGCUCCUGCUUCUACUCCGGUACCUUCUUCUGCUCCGGUACCUUCUUCUGCUCCGGUACCUUCUUCUGCUCCGGUACCUUCUUCUGCUCCGGUACCUUCUGAUACUCUGGUACCUUCUACUUCUGCGGCUCUAACUGCACCAUCCCGUGCCGUUGUUCUGGCUCAGAGGUCUGAUCUGCCUCCCUCUGACUCCUACGAGCUGUCUGACGACUCCUAUACAGCUCCUGCUUCUCGUGAGGUACCAACUCUUACUGCUCCUCGUACGGUACCAUCCCUUCCUGCUCCUCGUAAGGUACCAUCCCUUCCUGCUCCUCGUAAGGUACCCUCCCUUCCUUCAACUCGUAAGGUGCCAUCUCUUCCAGCACCUCGUACGGUACCUUCACUUCCAGCACCUCGUACAGUACCCUCCCUUCUUCCUGUUCCUCGCAAUAUACUAUCUGCUCCUACUGCUCCUCUCGGUCUUCCUCAUCCUGCGGUUAAGGCUCCAUCCCCUAUCCCUGGAUCUUCAUCG